AUGACCACCAUCACCCCCAUGUCUCUGGGCACUACUGGCUCCUGGACCACCUACGAGGGUCAAUGGGAUGGCCUCAGGAGUGUCUGCCCCAGCACCUUCUAUGGAUUCCACUGCGAGUUUGCCGUGGAACAGAUGGAUUUGGAAACUGUGGACGCUGAAGUGGGCAUGGAGGUGGCUGUUGACCAGGAGUUCUUCCCGGAUCUCCAUGACAACACUUCCAAGGCCUACAAGGAUUUCAGCAACAUCUUCCGCAGUCAGAUGCAGAAGAUUUACCAAAAGGUGCAGGGGUUCAAGGAUGUGGAGAUCCUGUCUCUGAGGAAUGGCAGCAUCGUGGUGGACUAUGUGGUCCUGCUGGAGUUGCCCUUCAGCUCCCAGUUGGAGACAAACUAUGAGAUGGUGAAGACGGUCCUGAAAGGUGAGCUUCAGAAUGUCAGCCAGGAUGUGGACAGCUGCCAGAAAAACCAGAACCUGUGUUUUAAGCCUGACUGCAUCACUGUGAGAAAGGACACCAGAACGGAGCUGAUCCAGCAAGCCAUCAGCCGUCGUGCUGCUGUCGAGGGCUGUGAGGAUUAUUACUUCCCCUUGGAGGAGAAGCGGCUUCGCUCUGUCACCAACUGCACAUCAGAUGUGGAAGGAGCCAUUGACUAUAACCUGGGCCAGUGCUUUGUGCAGAAGAGCGGUCCCGAGUGCAGCUGCUUCUCCACAGACACGCACUGGUUCUGCGAGGUGGCCGUCCAGUGGAGGGCGCUGGUCGGAGGCCUGGCGGGGGCCUGGGCGCUGCUGAUGGUGGAGCUGACCCUCUUCUUCAGGCACUGGCAGAGGAGGGGCGGCCUAGGCGGAGCCCGGUCCUUGGACGAUGACAAGAAGUGGUUUGAGAUCUGGGACGAGGACACUGCAGGGACUUUUUCCAACUUGGGCUUCCAGGAUGGCUGA